AUCUCCAUUCUUCAUCAUGAGCAGGUCAGGCCAGCCGCCGGAAUUGAAGAAAUACAUGGACAAAUAGCUUCAAAUCAAGCUGAAUGCAAAUCGUAUGAUUGUUGGUACUCUUCGUGGGUUUGACCAGUUUAUGAAUUUGGUUGUUGGCAAUCCUGUUGAGGUCAAUGGCAAUGAGAAGAAUGAUAUAGGGAUGGUGGUAAUCCUUGGAAAUAGUGUGGUUACUGUAGAGGCACUUGAACCUGUAAACAGGAGCAUCUGAUUUCUGUUUCUUGUGAACAUUUAUAACUAAAUUGUAAGGUUUCAAGUUUCAACACAAACUGUUAUAUUGCUGGGAUCUCAAUAUGAUUGUGUUAGCGCCUAAUCUGAGGUUAUGUUUCUGGUUGAGUUUCAACAGAAUGAUUUUUUUGUGAUAUUAAAUUCUUCCAAACACCCUGUAAUGACAUAUUAGUUGAGAGUGAAAAAAAGUGUGUGAGGAGGUUCUUUUAGGGGACCAGUAUUGUAGCUAAUUGCAAAUUUCCCUUUGUUGU